AUCAAGCUACACACUCAAUCAACAAGAGUUAAUAUUGCUUGCUAACCAUCUCUCAAUUAAAAUUCGAAUAGGCUGGCUAGCUAGGUCCCCUCCUCUCUCUUCUUCUUUUCAUAGGCUGCCUCUUUCAUCCCUCCUGAGAUCUCUCCACGAAGAACAGCAUCAGCAUCACAUUUAUUCACAGCAGCUAGCAGGCUGGCAACACGCGGCAUGGACCACCAGCUCUUCGACGACCCCUUCGCGAGCAGCAUCUCGUCGCUGGAGGCGGACAUCUUCUCCGCCGGCGGCCAGCUGCCGUCGCCGCCGUGGCCGGACCUCGACCUCGACGACGACGACAUCCACGACCUCUCCGCGCCGGCCGCCAACGCCACCUCCUCAGGAGGCUAUGGCUCCGGCGGUGGCUCCGGCUCCCACAGGAAGCUCAGCCACAACGCGUACGAGCGCGACCGCCGGAAGCAGCUCAACGAGCUCUACUCCUCGCUCCGCUCCCUCCUCCCCGACGCCGACCACACUAAGAAGCUGAGCAUCCCAACGACGGUGUCCCGAGUUCUCAAGUACAUCCCUGAGCUACAGAAGCAGGUGGACAACCUGGAGAGGAGGAAGAAGGAGCUGACCAACGCCAAUUGCAAACCAGGAGUUCUGAACGCGAGCGAGAUCAUAACUCCCAUUGUUUCUGCGACUUGCCUCAACGACACGGAGAUCAUGGUUCAGGUCAGCCUGCAGAGCAAUAUGGCUGCCACAACUCUUCCUCUCUCCAAGUGCAUAAAAGUGUUGGAGAACGAAGGCCUCCACCUGAUUAGUUCAUCGACUUACUCCACCUUGGACAACAAGACGUUCUAUAGCCUACAUCUUCAGAGAAGUCAAAGAACGAUGAAGGAGGAGUGUCCAGGAUUCUGCGAUGAAUUGGAGAGGAUCGUCAGGAAGAAAGCAGGGGCGUAGCUGCAGCGCAUGCGUGGUACUCACAUACAGCACUGUCUCGUGCAUUCGAUCCUAUAAUUAAGCUAAGCUAAUAAGGGCAUGCGUCUUAGUUUGUAAAUGAUGGAUUAUAUGUGUUGUCAUGUGGAGUGAUCGAUCGUUAUUAGAUCGAUGGGAUGGCUAAAGCAUAGGAGUAUAAUAUAGGACUGGCUAAUUAAGAGAGAUAUAGUACUAGUACUAAUGCACGCAGAUCCAUAUAUACGUGAUAUAGUGUAUGUCCAUGUGUGUUUCCUGUUGACAUGAUAUUGUAAACUGUGUCCAAAAUGAUAUGGUGUUCGAUCAGUAUAUCCCUCAUCAGACA